AUGUAUGGAUUAUCACAAGAUAUAUCCCAUGGGAAUAAUAACAACAAUAACAAUAAUAACAAUAAUAACAAUAAUAAUAAUAGAAAUCUAGAGGCAAAACCAUCGAGUGGAGAAAGUCAAGAUUUCAACUAUCUAGACUUUGAUUCUACCAGUCAAAGUUCUCAAGAUGAUCAUCUAGAAAGAGCUAUUGGUGGUCCAUUUCAUGGUGCGGUUAUAGAAAGGCAUGGACUAUAUGUAGGACCACCCAAAAACAAUCAUCCCGAUUAUAAUAAUCAUAAUAAUCAUAAUAAUAAUAAUAAGUCACCAAUAUCAUCAAAAUCACCUUCAACACCAAUUCAUCAUACAUCGAGAACAGUAGAGACUCAUAUUGCAACGACACAAUCGUCACAAAACUUUUCUCAAACCUUUCAUCCAAGUAGUGGACAUGGUGGUCAUCAUCAUGGACAUGGUGGCGGAGGUGAUUUCUUGUCUUCACAAAAUGGAAGUGUUCCAAUGUCUCAGCUGACAUUUGAGGAUCCCGAAGAUUUGGAUACGAUCCAAGUCGAUCUUCCACCACACGCAUGUCGAUACUGUGGAUUACACGACCCGUUGACAGUGGUGCGUUGCUCCAAUUCGUCGUGUGGCAAAUGGUUUUGUAAUGGAAGAGGCAAGACGUCGUCGGCACACAUUGUCAACCAUCUUGUCAAGGCAAAGCACAAUGAAAUCUCAUUACAUAGCGACAGUCCGUUUGGCGAUGCAGUACUCGAGUGCUACAACUGCGGCUGUCGAAACAUCUUUCUUCUCGGCUUUAUCCCCGCCAAGACCGAGUCGGUUGUCAUCCUAUUGUGUCGUGACCCAUGUGCAAUGGCAUCGUCCAAGGACAACCCCAAUUGGGAUCUCUCCAAAUGGGUGCCACUCGUCAAUGGAGGUGAUCGUCACUUUUUGUCGUGGUUGGUUAAAGUACCAUCAGAGAAUGACCAAGAACGUGCCCGUCAAAUUUCAAUGAUCCAGAUUGCCAAGCUCGAAGAGGACUGGAAGGUCGACCCCAACGCCACCCUGCUCGAAGUCGAGCACCACGGCGCUGAAACCACCCUCCUACCCACACUCCUUCGUUAUGAAGACGCCUACCAAUAUCAAGAAAUCAUCACACCACUCAUUAAAAUGGAAUCAGACUAUGAGAAAUUAAUGCGUGAAUCUCUUACUCAAGAUGAUGUAAAUAUUCGUUGGGAACAAGGUCUAAGUAAAAGUAAAUGGUUUGCUCAAUUUUCUUUUUCUCGUUCUGAUUUUGAAUUUAAAGUAGUAGUUGGAGAUGAAUUAAAAGUUAGUUUUAAAGGAGAUAGAGAUUAUCCAGAACCAUGGGAAUCAUCUGGUAGAAUUACAAGAAUCGAUGAAGAGAGUGAAGCAAGUAUGGAGAUUACAUUAGAGUUGUACAAUCAUAAUCCACCCAACAAAUCAAAGUCUAAAUUCAAGAUUGAUAUGGUGUGGAGAUCGACUUCAUUUGAUAGAAUUCUUAUUGCUCUAAAGGCAUUUGCUAUCAAGCAAGAUGCUAUAUCUAGUUAUCUCUAUCAUGCACUUUUAGGUCAUCAACCCGAUGCCACCAAGGUCAAGGUGACUGUUCCACAACCAACCAAUUUUGUGUUGCCCGGUCUCCCACCAUUGAACGCAUCACAAAUAUCGGCUGCUUGCUCGGUAUUGAAAUCACCACUUUCUCUUAUCCAAGGUCCACCAGGCACUGGAAAGACGUUGGUAUCGGCAUUCCUCGUGCAUCAUCUUGUCAACCACGGCAUCAAGGGUAAGGAAAAGCUGUUGGUGUGUGCUCCAUCCAACGUUGCUAUCGACCAGCUUGCUGGCAAGUUGCACUCGGUCGGACUCAAGGUCGUCCGUCUCUGCAGCAAGUUGCGUGAGGAGGUGUCUUCGCCUGUCGAGAAUCUCACCUUGCAUCACCAGGUUGCUCAACUCGACCAGUAUGGAAAGGGUGUGUUGCGCAAGUUCAAGGCGUUGCGUGAGGAGACUGGCGAGUUGAAUCCAGAAGACGAGCGUAAGUUUUUGGUUCUCAAGGGAUCGCUAGAGCGUAAUAUCCUCAAAGAGGCAGAUGUCAUUUGCACAACGUGUGUCGGUGCUGGUGACCCACGUUUGAGGGAUAUCAAGUUCCCGUAUGUCUUGAUUGAUGAAGCUACUCAGGCAUCCGAGCCAGAGUGUCUCAUUCCAUUGGUAUUGGGUGCAAGACAAGUCGUGUUGGUCGGUGAUCAUUGUCAAUUGGGUCCAGUACUACUCUGUAAAAAGGUUCAAGAAGCCGGUUUGUCAUUAUCGCUGUUUGAACGUCUUAUUCAUCUCGGUCACCACCCAUUCCGUCUCACUACACAGUAUCGUAUGCAUCCUGCACUCAGCGAGUUCCCUUCCAAUACAUUCUACGAAGGUCAGUUGGUUAAUGAAAUAUCGUAUCGUGACCGUGUCACCAACAAUGGUUUUGUGUGGCCACAUCCCAACCGUCCUAUGUUUUUCCAUAACUCUACUGGACACGAAGAAAUCUCGUCGUCAGGUACCUCCUUUAUCAACCGUACCGAAGCUACACUAUGCGAAAAGAUUGUCACCCGUUUCCUCGAACUCGGUACCAAACCCUCGCAAAUUGGUAUCAUCACACCCUAUGAAGGCCAGCGUUCGUUCCUCGUCAACAAUAUGCAACGUACCGGUCGUCUCCCAAGCGACCUGUACAAAGAGAUUGAAGUAGCCAGUGUCGACUCUUUCCAAGGUCGUGAAAAAGACUUUAUCAUCCUCUCGUGUGUCCGUUCCAACGAGAAUCAAGGUAUUGGUUUCCUCCAAGACCCACGUCGUCUCAACGUCGCUCUCACCCGUGCUCGUUACGGUCUCAUCAUCCUCGGUAAUGCUCGUGUCCUCUCACGUGACCUUCUCUGGAACAACCUCAUCUCUCAUUUCAAGGCCAACGAGGUUUUGGUCGAGGGUGGUUUGCAGAAUCUCAAGCAGAGCAGUGUCGUCCUCCAAAAGCCAAGAAAGAUCCACGGUGAGGGUAAGCUCCCAGUUGCCGGUGCCGUCAUGUUUACACCUGGUGACCUCAAGCCACACCAAAUCGACCCACAAUACGCACAAAAUAUGGUCUAUGGUCAAAGACCACCAAAAUACUAUCAACCUCCCUCUGGUGGUGGCGGCGGUGGUUUCUAUCCAUCUAUGGGUGGAUACCCACAAAAUGCUGGUGGUGGUCCACGUGGAAUGCCCUCUUCAGGUGGUCCAAGUCAAUCCUAUAAUUCGACUCAACGUCUUACUCAAAACAUGAACAACAUGUCUCUUCGUUAUGACGGAUCUCAAUCAAUCAAUGGUUUCAGUCAACAAUCCUCCUCCUCUUCUUCUUCACAACAAUCAUCACAAAAUGCUCCUGGUUAUUACAUGCCAAUGAGUCAAUCAUUUAGUUUAAGUUUAAAUGAAUUAUCUCAAGAUUAUCCAAAUAAUCAAAAUAAUAACAAUAAUAAUAAUGAUCAACAAAAUAGUAAAAAAUAA